UUUUGUUCCUUGAAAAAUAAUAAUUAUAACACAUUGGUUCUGGUUGCAAUUUGCAAGAAUUAAAGAUAAAAACACCAUCAUGAGAAAAGCCAAGUUACGAAACUAACGAACGAGCCGAACAGAUGAAAGGUGUUUCAAAGCGCUUAAUGUUGUUUCGAACAACUUGGUCGCGUAGUUGUUCACGUGUUGCAUUCCCACACAACGUGGCCCCUGAAACUAGUUCACUACUCAAUCACUGCUACAACAAAGACCUCCCCAGAGCCAUGCAAACCUUGGAUGCCAUGGAAAGACACGGAGUCUGUGCUGAUGCAAUAACAUAUUCUGAGCUCAUCAAGUGUUGCUUGGCUCAUAGGGCUGUUAGAGAAGGAAAACGCGUUCAUCACCAUAUAUUCUCAAAUGGGUAUCAACCAAAAGCGUUCUUGAUCAACACUCUUCUCAAUAUGUAUGUGAAAUUCAACCUUUUGGAAGAAGCACAGAUACUGUUUGAUAAAAUGCCUGAACGGAAUGUUGUUUCCUGGACAACUAUGAUAUCUGCUUUUUCUUGUGCUAAACUUAAUGAUCGAGCUAUGAAGCUUUUGAUUUUUAUGAUUAGGGAUGGUGCCAUGCCUAAUAGUUAUACCUUCUCAUCUGUUUUGAGAGCAUGUGAGAGGUUAUGUGAUCUCAAACAGCUGCAUUCUAGUAUAGUGAAAGCAGGGUUGGAGUCUGAUGUUUUUGUUAGGAGUGCUCUUAUUGAUGCUUACUCGAAGUUGGGUGAGUUGUUAGAAGCUCUAGGUGUUUUUCGUGAGAUGGUGACCGGAGACUCUGUUGUUUGGAACUCCAUUAUUGCUGCUUUUGCUCAGCACAGUGAUGGGGAUGAAGCUUUAAACCUAUACAAGAGUAUGAGGAGAGCAGGGUUUCCGGCUGAUCAGUCGACACUCACAAGUGUUUUGAGAGCGUGUACUGGUUUGUCAUUGUUGGAGUUAGGGAGGCAGGCACAUGCACAUGUGUUGAAGUUUGAUCAAGAUCUUAUUCUUAGCAAUGCACUUUUAGAUAUGUAUUGUAAGUGUGGUAGUUUGGAAGAUGCAAAAUUCAUUUUCAAUCGGAUGGCUGAUAAGGAUGUAAUCUCUUGGAGCACCAUGAUUGCUGGGUUGGCCCAGAAUGGUUUCAGCAUGGAGGCCCUCAAUUUAUUUGAUUCCAUGAAAGUCUCGGGUCCAAGACCAAACUAUAUUACAAUUCUUGGGGUUCUGUUUGCGUGUAGUCAUGCAGGGUUAGUAAAUGAAGGUUGGCACUAUUUUCGAUCUAUGAAGAACCUUUACGGGAUAGAUCCUGGUAGAGAACACUAUGGCUGCAUGCUUGAUCUUCUUGGAAGAGCAGGGAAGCUUGAUGAAAUGGUUAAGUUGAUUCAUGAAAUGAACUGCGAGCCAGAUGUCGUGACGUGGAGGACUUUGCUUGAUGCAUGCAGAGCCCAUAGGAAUGUGGAUUUAGCCACAUACGCUGCUAAAGAGAUUCUAAAGUUGGAUCAACAAGAUACAGGAGCCUAUGUAUUGUUAUCUAAUAUUUAUGCAAAUUCGAAAAGGUGGGAUGAUGUUGCAGAAGUUCGGAGGACUAUGAAAGCAAGGGGGAUAAGGAAAGAACCUGGAUGUAGUUGGAUUGAAGUCAAUAAGCAAAUACAUGCUUUUAUUGUGGGAGAUCAAUCUCAUCCUCAAAUAGACGAGAUCAAUAGAAAGUUAAGCCAAUAUAUUCGAAGACUAACUGAUGCUGGUUAUGUUCCUGACACAAAUUUUGUGCUACAAGAUCUUGAAGAGGAACAGAGUGAAUACUCCCUUCGACACCAUAGUGAAAAGCUUGCAAUUGUUUUUGGUAUUAUAAGCUUUCCAAGGGAGAAAACUAUUAGAAUAUGGAAGAACCUAAAGAUCUGCGGAGAUUGUCAUAUAUUUGCAAAACUUAUAGCAAAGCUAGAGCAGCGGCACAUUGUAAUUAGAGACCCUAUUCGAUAUCAUCAUUUUCAAGAUGGGGUCUGCUCAUGUGGUGACUAUUGGUAACAGAUAAGAUGCACAAGACAGAAUCUAUACUACCAUUAGAGUCAAAACAGCAUAGAUGAAUCCACAAUCAGCUGAUAAAUAUAGCAGAAAGCUUGCAGCAGUGGCAUUUCUAAUAGUUACGAUUUGAAGUCCAAAUGUCCACAUUAUUUCAUUAUUUAAGUCUUUUUUGGGAAGGCAGAAGCUUUCUAAGAUGAUUCAGAGGUGAGAUUUGGAGAUCUCUUGGUAUGAUGAAGGUUUAUUUGGCGAUGCUAUGUGUAUUUUGGCUAGGGGAGGUUUAGCAUGUGCUUGGAAAGCACUACAGUGUCGUUGUGUGUUGCGAUUGAAACUUGGAGCUUCAGUUAACUGUGCAUUGGAAUUGGAAGUCUUCGUACUGCAGUUCCAAAUACACAAUUUGAUGGUGGUUACAGCACUUAGAAUGCAGGGGCAAUGAUUGUCAUCAAGAGUAAAGGAAAACGAUGGGUGCUCAUAGUCCAGAUGGGAACUAUGCCGAUUUUUUACCACUACUGAAUCAUCGAUGGGUUGGUAAUAUUUUUGAAAAUUAGUCUAUGAUAAACGAGAUGAUCCAUGUUCUGAUAUCUUAUCCGAAGAAUGAUAAUCCUGAAUAUAAUUUGUAGUUCUGUCAAUAAGCAUAAUGUUGUAUACAGUUUGAAUAAACAAUUCAUUGCCACAAGUUUGAAAGGUAUGAUGGCGACUCUACGGAGGUGAUCAUAAACCAAACUGUGAUAUAGCCACUACCGUUUAUAUGCAUUUGCACUUAGGGUGGGAAUAGUCAGGGUGAAGCCAGUUUGGUCUGUUCAAAUAAUUCAAGGUUUAGUAUGUUGUUAUUUGUUAUAGAUUUUUUAAGCAUGACUUUUUUUAAGAUGGUUAUGAGUAGCUAGUCUACUUCAAGACCUUUGUUGUAUUAACCAUUAUUUUGUAAAUUGGAUCGAACAGCCAAUUCAACUGAUUGAAUCAGAAACUAGUCACUUUAUCGGUUGGUUUGAUUCUUA